UGGAAGCAAACAUGUGUCAUUGGAUAUUUCUCCAGCUGUUUAGUGCUGCAGUGGAUGUCCUAAGGAGAAUUGGAGAAGAUGGGAGGGUCAUACAGGAAUUUAUUGAGCUUGGUGCCAGAGGCAAAGUUGCUGCUUCUGAGGGCAUGGACGCUGAAGCUGCUCUCGGGGACAUACCAGAUGAAUUCCUUGAUCCAAUUCAGUACACUUUCAUGAAGGAUCCAGUUAUCUUGUCAUCCAAAGGCAUCUUCUUAGUGAUAACCAAUGAAUUGAAGGGAAGAAUACAAGAGUUCAUUAGGUCCCAAGAAUUGAAUAAGCACGGGGAAGACCUAAGCAUGCAAAGCAGCAAGGCAACCAUACAGACCGCAACUCGCGAAAUGCUACUUGAUUAGGAGGAUAUAGCCUUUGGUGGAAAGUAACAGUGGAGGAAUUCUCCAAUAGGUUAUUGUAACUAUAGGCCCGUUUGGUAUGCUAGACCGGAUUGGACUGAAUUGGAUUAACCUUUUUAUACUUGACUGGACUGGUUGGGAUAUGACUGAAUUUUAAGCAGCUGUUUGGUGC